AUGGAACCCUCCACAAGUUCAACCAUGUUCAAACCAAAUUCACCCACGACUCAGAAGCGAAAGCUGAAAGAGGGCAGGAUGACGGUAGCCGUGAUGGGACGUGCCUGUGUCGGGAAGACCGCCAUCUUGAACCAGUACAUCCACAAGAUGUUCAGUGACAGGUACGUCGUUACAGUAGGCGAUAAACACGAAAAGGUAGUCAACGUGGACGGGCGGCAGAUUGAAGUGGAGAUCAUGGACACACCCGGAGGUUACUGCUUCGAGUACGGCCGACGCCAGGCCGUCAUCAACGCUGACGUGUUCGUGUUAGUGUACUCCGUGGAAGAGAUCUUGUCCUUCCAGAGGGUCCUGGAAUUGAGGGAGAGUAUCUUCGAGAAGAGGGGCAAACAGAUGCCGAUGGUGAUCGUACAGAUGAAGACAGACAUUAGGAAAGACAAGUGGUUCAAGGACUGCGAGAGUCUGCACGGCCUCAUCCCUGACGGAUUGCAACACCCACAUUUCCAAGUGUCUGCUCAAGGGGGCUCUGAUAUGUCCGUCAUAUUUGAAGAAGUUGUGAGGCUGAAGCUGUCCGACGCUAAGCAACCGGUAAAGGAAAGAAGAUGUUCCUCUCUUGAGCGGAUUCAACGGGUUCUCAAAGGACAACAAAUCUGGUUUUAA